AUGUCAGACGAAUACGAAAGUGUACUGUUAGUAAUUCGUGAAUGUUAUGUAUAUCAAAUUCCACCGAGAACAUCUAGUCGAGAAUAUAAAGCGUCAGAAUGGGGUGAUAUGGAAGCUUUUUUAUGGAAAGGUCGUUUAAGAGUUGUUUCGAUAGGGGAAAAAUGUAUUAUUAAAUUAGAUGAGACCACAGGAGAAUUAUUCGCACAGUGUAUAUAUGAUCCCGAUACCAAUACAGUUGAACCUGUACGUGAUUCAAGUAGAUAUUUUGUGUUACGUGUUGAAGAUAAUGGACGACAUGCAUUUAUAGGCAUGGGAUUUCAAGAACGUUCUGAAGCGUUUGAUUUUCAAGUAGCUUUACAAGAUCAUAUCAAACAUCUUAAAAUAGAAAAGGAGGUGGCAGACGCUAAGAAUGCUUCACAAGAACCAAAGAAAGAUUAUAGUUUGAAGGAAGGGCAAACAAUUAACAUAAAAAUUGGCAAUCAUAAUACGCGAAAUAUACAUCAGUCAAAACAUACUAAAAACGUAGACGGAAAUAUAACAGCUGUUCCUCUUUUACCGCCUCCACCUUCUGCUGCCUUCAUUAGAAAAAAACAAAAUAGUCAAAGGACCCCCUCGCCAAAUGAUUUUAGUGAUUUCAGUGAUUUUACUGAUUCAACCAAUUCAGAAACACUUUGA